AUGCCGCCCCCGCAUCCGCAUCCGGCCCACGCGCCUGCCACGCCGCGGCCGCAGGAGGGCACCACGCGGCGCAUGCUGCAGCACUGCGGCAUACGCUGGGAGCCAGGGGUGCUUCAGUUCCACAAGACGAGGCGCACUGUGGCCACUGCCAGCCUGGCGCAGGUACGGCAGAAGCUGUACGGCAGCAGCGUGCUGCGGUACAGGCAGUACGCCCGCCACCUGGCGCCCAUGCUGCGCCCGAUGCGCCCCCUCAUCCUGCGGUACGAGCGGGACGCCGGCCUGGAGUCCUCGGAGCAUUUGCUGGCGCAGGUGCUGGAUGGGGCCGCGGAGGGCAGGGAGGAGCUCUAG